AGCAGCGGAGCAACAGAGCAAAUGUGCAUCUCCUCCAACUUUUACUUUUUGGGGAAGCCGAGUAAGUUGGUGGCGUUUUUGUAGCUCUCUCGCGCCUGGAGACUUUUUCUUGUAAUAUUUUCAGCUUUUAAUAUUUAUUUCUAAUCGUAAACGCUGUCUCAUCUGGAGCUGCGGUGCGCACAAAAUUUAUUGUUUAAUUCCACAUUCGCCAAACUCGACUUCUUUAAUGUAAGGGUUCGAUCGAGCUUGACUGCCAGUCUACAAACUUGACCUCCAGCAUAAACGGAGGAAAACGCCACCAGUCGGACCGAGUGUUACAAAAGCGUCCCGCCAACUAUCUGCCACUAUCACCUAGUUAGCCAAAGAGAGGGGGCAGACAUGUUGAUCAUCUUAGUCCUCAUCAUCCUUUUCCAUUUGGCUGCAGCCGUUCUCCUCUUUGUUGCAACCAUACACAACGCGUGGUGGUUGGUGUCACCACCAGGACGGGAUGUACUCUACUCGGACCUCUGGUACACUUGCAACAACACUUGCUUUCCUAUUGCAAGGAGCCACACUCCUGAUGCAGCCUACCUGCAGACGGUCCAGGCCACCAUGAUCCUGGCCACCAUUUUGUGCUGCAUCAGUUUCUUCGUCUUCAUUCUCCAGCUCUUCAGGCUCAAGCAAGGAGAGAGAUUUGUCUUUACAGCCAUUAUUCAGCUGUUAGCUUCUGUGUGCGUGAUGAUAGCAGCCUCCAUUUACACAGCUCAGAACAAGUCCUUCCACCAUAUCAGUCUCCACGAGGGCUCGUACGGAUCCUCCUAUAUUUUGGCCUGGGUCAGCUUCCCAAUGACUCUAAUCAGUGGCCUCAUGUAUCUGGUGCUUAGAAAACGCAAGUAGAUGUUAACUAAUGGGCAUACAGUAUAUCAGCAUAAAUCCUUGGAUGUACAACUAAUACCCGAGAAGACAAUUGCGCUGUACACUCAUAUAAAAAUACAAUGUACAGGCAAUUUAAAUGCCAUUAUCCCCCACCACUUCAACACACAUGCAGAUUAAAAUAUUGCUAUAACGUCCUCUCGGAAUGCAAUAUUUGUUUCUGGAGUAAAUCUCACUGGAUUGUCUGAUGAAUUACAUUCUGCAAACAUUUUGAAGCAUAAACUAAUGGUGGUGAGGCAGAGUCAUAUUUGUUCAAUUUGCAUUUCAAGUUGGACAAGUAUUACCCGAUUUGCCUACAGCUCCGACAAAGGUUUAUUUGCAUCAAAUCUGGGUGAGCAUCUCCAUGAAAAUGAUCAUGAUCUGUUUUACACAACUAUAGCAGAGGAAGAAAAUCUUUAGUAACCGAUGCCCCCUUGUGUUCAUGAGAAGAUAUCUUUAAUUUGUGUACUGUAUCCUGGUCAUCAAAGCUAUUAAAAUCUGAAAAACAAAUGACUAGAAAUUUUUGUUGUUGAAAAUUUUCCAACUUUUAAAAUACAAGGAAGUACUUGCCAUUAUUUACCCUUUUAUGCUUGAACCAAUGGCAGAUGGCUCCCCACAUCUGCGUUACCUCUUUUCUUUUUUAAUGCCUUGUGUAUAUGUUUGUCAUGAGCAACACUUUGUGUGAAACAUGAUUAAAUACAAAAUAAAAGGGGUGGGGGGCUUUGUCUUGCUGGGACCACACUUUUUUUUUUUUUUUUUUUAAAGAUUAUUAACAAAUAAAAGUUGUACAUAGAGUGUAUCACAAAAGUGAGUACACCCCUCGCAUUUCUGCAGAUAUUUAAGUACCAGUAUAUCUUCCAACAGUUUGCUCGCAAACAGUUUGCUGAAGACAUGUCAACAAAGCACAUGGAUUACUGGAACCAUGUCCUAUAGUCUGGGUUUUCUUGUGUACCGUCUUUAGAAGAGGCUUCCUCCUGGGGUGACAGCCAUGCACACCAAUUUGAUGUAGAGUGCGGCGUAUGGUCUGAGCACUAACAGGCUGACCCCCCACCUCUUCAUUCUCUGUAGCAAUGCUGACAGCACUCCUGUAACGAGUCACAUGACAUUUUGGAGGGAAAAUGACAAGCAGUACUCAAUUUGGACAUUUAGGGAUGUACGUAGUUUCUAAGGGGUGUACUCACUUUUGUUGCCAGGGGUUCAGAUAUUAAUGGCUAUAUUUUUAGUUAUUUUGAGGGGAAAAUAAAUUAACUCUAUUAUAUAAACUGCACACAGACUACUUUUCAUUGAGUCAAAGUGUCAUUUUGUCAGUGUUUUCCCAUGAAAAAAAUAUACUUAAAUAUCUGCAAAAAUGCGAGGGGUGUACUCACUUUUGUGAUACACUGUAUUUGCUGUGUAUGUAUAGUCGAGACAAUUGCUGACUAUAUACUAAUGUCUAUACUAAUAAUACAAAAAAAGUAGAAGAUAUUAUGUUAACCAUAACAUAUAAGAAGUGUAGUGAUGUGAUGGAAUUUGAACAUGUUGUCUUUGCUAUGCUUUUGCAUCUGUUGGUGAAAUGGUGAACCACUCAAACCAAUGAUAUGCUGUAAUGUUUUGGAUUUAAAUGACAACAUAAACUUGAAUUAGGAAUGUUUUUGCAUAUUUGUUUCAAUUAUUAGUGUAACAUAGUUAAUAAGGUUCAUAAAAUCCUGUAAAAUUAAAUAUGCUGUCUUUUGGCAGAGUCAUGUAACUGCAGGUGCAUUUGCUGCAAGAGGUUAUGGGACCGUAUCCAGGCUGUUCUGUUUGUAAGGGUUUGGUGUGGACACGCUUCAGGAGAGUGUACAGUGGCCUUUAAAGUCUCCUCUGUGCAAGGCAAUCUGCUGCCUAUGUCUGUGUCAUGGAAUUACAUUUAAUUUUAAAACACAAAAAUCUCAAU